UCCCACCUCCGCUCGCCCGCCAUGUCCGACGCCUCGUCGUCGUCCUCGUCCGGCACGCCGCGCCUGCGCUCGCGCACCGCCCACAUCGAUGCGCUCCUCGACCGCGCCGGCCCGUACACCGAUGCCUCCUUCGUGCCGGGUGCCGCUCCGAAGAAGGUGCUGCGCAACACGGCAAAGGUGCUCGUCAUCGGCGCCGGCGGCCUCGGCUGCGAGCUGCUCGCCAACCUGGCGCUCUCGGGCUUCCGCGACAUCCACCUCAUCGACAUGGACACCAUCGACACCAGCAACCUCAACCGCCAGUUUCUCUUCCGCACCAAGGACGUGGGCCGCUCCAAGGCCCUCGUGGCCGCCGAGUUUGUCAUGCGCCGCGUGCCCGGCACGCAAGUGACGGCAUACCACGGGCGCAUCCAGGACAAGGACGAGGCAUACUAUAUGCAGUUCGACAUGGUCAUCUGCGGCCUGGACUCGGUCGAGGCACGGCGCUGGAUCAACGCCACGCUCGUCAACAUGGUCGAUCCCGACAACCCGGACUCGCUCAAGCCGCUCAUCGACGGCGGCACCGAGGGCUUCAAGGGCCAGGCGCGCCUCAUUCUCCCGACGCUCACGUCGUGCUAUGAGUGCAGCCUCGACAUGCUGACGCGGCAGACCGUCUUUCCCAUCUGCACGAUUGCCAACACGCCGCGCCUGCCCGAGCACUGCAUCGAGUGGGCCAGUGUGCUCGAGUGGCCGCGCGUCUUUGGGCCGGAGAAGAAGCUCGACAACGACGACCCCGAGCACAUCCAGUGGCUUCUGGACGUGGCGCAGGCGCGCGCAAGGGCGCACAACAUCGAAGGAGUGACGUGGUCGCUGACGCAGGGCGUCGUCAAGAACAUCAUUCCCGCCAUUGCGAGCACAAACGCAGUCAUCGCCGCGGCAUGCACGCAAGAGGCGUUCAAGCUGGCCACGACGUGCGCGCCGCCGCUGAACAACUACAUGAUGUACGCGGGCAGCGACAGCGUCUACACGUACACGUUCGAGCACGAGCGGCGGCCCGACUGUCCCGUGUGCGGCGGCGAUGCGCGCGACGUGUCGCUUUCGCGCAGCACGCCGCUGGCGCACAUCCUCGAGCUGCUCGCCGAGAGUGCCGAUGUGCAGCUGAAGCGGCCUAGUCUCGCGGGUCCCAGCGGGCCGCUCUUCUUCCAGGCACCGCCGCAGCUGCGCGAGGCGACAGAGGGCAACCUCGUUCGCCCGCUCAGCGAGCUGCUGCAGCACGGCGACGAGAUCACCGUCACGGACCAGGCAUUGCCCUUCCAGCUCUCGCUGCGCAUCCUCUUCACGGACUAAUGUCACGACUGUCACGAUGAGUGCGAGAAGGUAUGGAAUUGUGAGUGCAGUAAGGCUGUC